CUUCUCGCCCAGCGUCACUUCACCAUGCGAAUUGGUUUACAGAAGUAAUGUAAAUAUUUGGAACAUCGGCUACUACAUUUAUUCCUACACGUGCUGGACCAGUAUCCCUCCGCCCUGACAGGUUAAUUCCGUGGUAGUGAAUAGCCUAUCCCUCCGCCCUGGCAGGGAAACUGUGGGAGUUUGGAGACAUAUCAGUAGGACAUAACUACUGAGCUCAAAUGAUUAGAACCAUUGAUCGAUCUUUCUAAAUGUUGAAAGCAUUAUCUCGUUGGAAUAAUGGCGGGGAAAAUGACCAAAAAUGGGUUCGGUGUUGUAAUAGUGUCCGUGUUUCGCGCUGUGAUGGCGAUCUUGGUGAUGUUGCCUACACUCCUGAUUCAGUGGCUAACAGGGACCACUUCUGCCCAACUGCCGUCCCGCAAGACAAUGUCGAAGAACGGACAGCCAGCCAAUGAGUAUAGUGGGGCCCCUCUAUCUGAUAAUGAGGUUGAACUACUCAAGGCAAGCUGGGAGAUUUUGGCGGAGGACAAGAAGACCAAUGGUGUGAAGUUCUUUAUGAAAUUGUUUACAAUGUAUCCUGAUACAAAGAAGAUGUUCAAGAGCUUCAAAGAUGUUCCACUGGAGCUCCUCGAUUAUGACGGCACUACAACAAAGAAAAACAAGACGAUGAUAGCGCAUGCGACGAGCGUAAUGUACGCACUUGAGUCCUAUAUAGACAGUCUUGACGAUUUAGAUUGUCUGGAGGAAUUGGUGAAAAAGGUUGCAAUCAGUCAUAAACCACGAGGGAUAGGACCAGCAGAGUUUAAAUUGCUCGAAAAAGUUUUUCUCGCCGUAAUUGAAGAUUUAGUGAAAGAUGAUUCACUUGAUUUAGAGAAGAUUAAGAACGCUUGGAAAGAACUCAUUAGAUUAGUUUGCUCUAUAGUGAAGGAAGCACAAAACGACAACUGAGGUCAUGGUACAACGUUUCCUUGCUCAUACCAUAAUGACGGUUAUCAGGGCUCUUUUCUCCGAAGCAAGUCGUUGUGUGUAAACAUUAUACUUUACAUAUAAUAUUGCAUCUAAUGAACAAUGAACUACAAACUUGAACCUCAUUCCUGAAUCAUCAUUGGACUUAUAAGACUGAGAUGUGGAUAGAAAAGAUUGGAAAGGGUUUCCUUGCUUGAGAAAAAUCAAAAUCUAUAUAUUAAAUAAUGCACACUCGUAUUCAAGACAAUAACUUGGACAUAUUAAAAACCUUCUUGUGAUGUUGUUCUUGUAUGAACUUGACAAAAUAGCGGUUUCUGUGAAGCGGGAGGAGGACCAUUUUCUUGACUAAUGACUUGUACACGGCAAUAUGUGUUGACUUGUAUAAAUCGCGUGUGAUGUUUGACAAUGAACAGUGCAAAAGGUAAUGUUGCACGGGUGAUGAACAUUUCACAAGUCCGCUCCAAAUAACACAUGAGAGAGUAAAUAAAUCAAGCAUGUAUUUAAUGAUGUAUCGUAAAUUCUUUCAGCUUUAAGUCCCCAAAUAUCUUUGUGUUGACAUUUCAGUUUCUAGAUCAUUUGAAAAACAUUUAUUAUAAAUCCAUGUUACCUGAAGGUACUUUUGCCUUCAGUCACCAUCAUUCCCAAAUAUAGUGUUUUCAAAUGAUUUUUUUUAUUUGUUAAUAAAUUAAAGAAAGAUCAUUGAAAUAUUUUAAAAUAAAAUUUCUAAAAUUUUCUUUUAAAUUAUCAUUAAAAUUAAGCAAUAAUAAGAUAACAAAC